AUGUUCCUCUUGUCUCUCUUCGGCUCCUUUAUCCUAUGUUGUGUGCUCUUCCCAUCUAUAUGGACGUCAAUUACGGGUGGGGACGAGCUGGACGCGCAUGAGAUGGGGAUAGCGUUGGUGGCCUCCCGCACGCCAUUCCGCGAGACGGGUCCACCAGCCUGCAUGGCCAAGCUAAUCAUGUUGAGACAUAAGAUUCACCAGGACAAAACCAAGCGACGUUGCAACGUCACCCGCGUUCGCCAGGCGGCGUUCACAUACUCUAUCCCCGUCAUCCGACCUCAUCGCGACGUUGCUUGGAUGCGAUUUGGAAGGGCGCGUGGCAAACAGAUUCACUAA